CCUGAAGUCACGUGACUAUAAAGUUUGGAGAGAUGGCAUAGAAUCUGGAGAAUGUUGCGCUAUUUACUACAACUCUUGCCCGUUGUGGCAACAUUAUUUUACUUAUCAGCCGGAGAUCGUCUACGAGAGGUUCAUAUAUAUGAUGAAUGUCCGAAGGAGUACCAGUUUCCUCUUGGUGUCGGCUCGGGCAGAAUAAAAGAUGACGCAUUCUGGGCAUCGUCUUCCAACAAGAAACGGCCACCACACAAUGCCAGACUGGGAGAUCCAACAGGAGCAUGGACGGCAGAUAUACAGAAUGCACUGCAAGUGGUUGGUGUUGAUUUGGGAGCGGACUAUUUCGUCACGGCGAUCGCGACACAGGGUCGACAGGGGAGCGAGGAGUUUGUUACAGAGUAUUUCAUGGAGUACUCCGAUGAUAAGGAGACGUGGCAGAUCUACACCAAUGAGUUCGGGAUUCCGGAGAUGUUUAACGGCAACGACAACAGCUACAAGGUGGUUCAGAACACACUGAUGUACCCAGUCGUGGCACGCUACAUCCGCUUCAACCCGCAGCGUUGGAGCAUGUUCAUAUCCAUGAGGAUCGAGAUCUACGGCUGUUUGUUCAAAUCGUAUGUUGCAUCAUUCGACGGCAACAGUCGUAUGGAGUAUGAUCUGAGCCAGCAGUCGGUGCCCCUGGAGAACAACUUGUUGGAACUGCGGUUCAAAACCAACAAACCAGACGGCAUUCUGUUCUACGCCAGUGGUAACCAGGGCGAUUUCAUGCUGCUCGAGAUGCGUAGAGGAUACAUGUAUUUCAAAAUCGAUUUAGGAUCGACUCAGACGAGUCGUGGAAGGACAGAGGUCAAGGCCGGUAGUCUGCUUGAUGACCACCAAUGGCACGACGUCGUCAUCAAGCGUUGGAAGAAAAACCUUGUCGUCGUCGUAGAUCGAUUGCUCAACAAAGUGGAGACGAAUGGACUCUUCUACCGACUCGAUUUAGACAAGUUUCUGUAUCUUGGCGGUUUGCCGUACUUCAGACAGGAUGGCGUGGAAGUAAAGUACAACUUUACAGGAUGUAUAGAGAACGUUAACUUCGAUGGGGCUAGACUCGUACAGGACGCCCAGGCAGGAACGUCUUCAGCCAUACGACGAGUCGGGGUUGUGGCGUUUAACUGUGGUAUUGCAUCUGCGGUUCCAGUAACAUUUGCAUCCAGUGAGUCAUAUUUGAAGGUAGAUGCUCCGGCUGGAGGCCCCGUGCGGGUCAGUUUUGAAUUCCGAACCCAUGACGAGGACGGGCUGCUAGUGUAUCACCCUCUUUCUGCUGAGAACUCGGGAGUUACUGUGAGAAUUAAUUCUCUAGGUUAUAUUGCCUACAAGGUUGUCUCCCUUACCCAACAAACUAUUGAGGAUGUUGUUCGAAACACUGAUGUGUUGAGUGAAACAAAACAAUUCACCGAUGGUCUAUGGCAUUCGUUUUCUAUUUACGUUGAUAAGACGAAAGUUAACUGCACUGUUGAUCGGAAUGUGAAGGUCUCUGAGCGUUCUCUGAAAAUUGAAGCAAAUACACUUUUCUACAUAGGUGGAAUGGAUUUGGAGCUGGGGUUCCGUGGUUGUAUACGUAAUCUUGAGGUCGCUGCUCGUAUUGUUGACCUUGAGAAAAUUGAUGGCAAGCAAGUGAAAAUUAACAACGCCAACAUCGGAAGUUGUUCCAUUCGAGACAGGUGUACUCCAAACCCCUGUGAGCACGGCGGGAACUGUACCCAGGAUUGGAACAAGUUCUACUGUAACUGUCAGAACUCCGGUUACCAUGGAGCUAUGUGUCAUAUCUCCCAGCACCACAUAUCGUGUACAAUGAUGAAGCUGUACUCUGCUCAGAAUGAAAAGGAUCGUAGAGGACUAGAAGAUGCAAUAAUCGACCCCGACGGUUCCGGCCCUCUCAAGCCCUUUAAGGUCAAAUGUGAAAUAGAUGAUCAAGGUAAAACCAUAACCCACGUGGGACACAACAGUGAGGAGAGCAUCACCGUGGAUGGAUAUCAAGAACCGGGCUCUUAUGUCCGAUUUGUCGAAUACGCCGCCAAUCUGCAGGAACUCACCUUGUUGAUUGAGCGAGCCGAGAGUUGUCGUCAGUACAUUGAGUACAUGUGCUAUAAUGCAAAACUGUUAGCCAAACCUGGAACCGAUCUGCAACAGACCAAGACGUACGGUUGGUGGGUGGGUCGGACCUACCAGCCGAUGUAUUACUGGGGUGGUGCGGCACCAGGGUCAUUCAAGUGUACAUGUGGACUAGACGAGAAGGGCUGCAUUGGCGCCAGUGACACGUGCAACUGUGACGCUGGCCUGCCACAGCCGACAUCUGAUAAAGGAUACCUUGUCCACAAAGACUUCUUGCCUGUUCUUGAGCUUCAUUUUGGCGACACAGGCACGGUCACCGACACCAAGGUGGCGUCUCAUAAACUGGGGAUUCUCGAGUGUACUGGAGAUGAUUUAUUCGACAACGUGAUAACUUUCCGUAAAGUCGAUGCAACUCUGCAAUUCGCGACGUUUGAAGCAAAGAACGCUGGUGACAUCUGGUUUCAGUUCCGCACAACGGCGACCGACGGCGUUAUGAUCCACAACACAGGAAUCCAAGACUUCAUCGAAAUCAGACUGUUCCAAACUGACAAGAUUCAGUUCCGUUUUAACGUUGGUAAUGGAAUUCAGGUGGUGACGUUCAACUCCCCAACCCCUCUGAAUGAGGAUACAUGGCACACAGUGCACGUGGAACACAACCGUAAAGAGGCCUGGAUGAAGGUGGACGACUUCCCGGCAGUCUACCGGGCGGGAGACGCAGACCUUGUCCGCAUGCUCGAUCUAACCAGUCCUCUUAUCGUAGGAGCGGCGGUUGACUUCAGUGAUGGCUACGUGGGCUGUAUGCGAGGUUUACGGGUCAACGGACAGCUGCUGGACAUGAAGGGAAUCGUGGAGCGUGAAGAGGUCACAUACGGGGUUACGCUCGGCUGUAUUGGGAAGUGUGCCAGUUCACCAUGCUUCAACGGAGGGACAUGCCGAGAGAAAUACUCUGGAUAUACCUGUGACUGUUCAUACACGCCUUUCCGGGGAUGGAUGUGUGGUCGAGAGGUUGGUGUCAACCUGCAGACUAACUACAUGGUUCUGUACACGUUUGACGAGACACAGGGAUUGUCCGCAUCCGACUUCCAGCAUGCCAGGAUCGGGUUCUCCACCAAGCGCAAACAGGGAAUUCUCAUGCAGAUGAGAAACAAGGAGAACACGGAAUACAUCUCUGUCGAAAUGAACAGCAACGGUGGAGUGAGAGUUGCUCUGGAUAUUGGAUUUGAACGAGACGAAGUUAACACACCAAACAUCGGAAUCGAUUUCGCCAAUGGUCAGCAACACGAGGUCAAGGUCACCCGACUGAACAAAGGAAAAACACUGAUUGUACAGGUUGACGAUUACCCACCAGGAAAUAAAACCUUUGAUGUGUCUGACACAAGUGACACCAUCCUCGACAACCCAAAAUACCUCUUCAUCGGCAGCAAUGACACAUCUAACACCGGCCGUGGAUUUGAAGGGUGUAUAUUCCGAAUGCAGGUGGACAACAUCUUCCCACUGAAACGAGCUUUCCAGGAUCCACCGCCGACCUUCAUUUCUCUUAUACCGAAAGGUAAAGUGCGAGAGGACAUGUGUGGGUUCGAGGAAAUCACCCGUGCUCCAGACCCUAUCGAGACACGACCUCGGGGAGGUGAUGUCGUAAACGUGACGUAUCCGUAUAACCCAAAUCCAGGACAACUCAACACUCUUGAGAGAAUCAUUCUCGGAGUUGUGCUUGCGGUCGUGUUUUUCCUCAUUAUCCUGGUGAUCGGCGUGAUCGUGAAGAACAAGGCGUGUGAGGGGGGAGACUAUGAGACCGAGGAGGCGAAAGGGGCAGAACUUGCUGACAACCCCGACACGGCCGUCGUAUACAACCAGACAGGGUUGCCUGAGAUUGAGAAGAGACAGGAGUGGUUUAUGUAGACCAGCACAAUGCUGGCGAGAAAACAACUCAAACCACACCAGCGAUAAAAACUCAUUAUUACACUAGUGAGAAACUCAUUAUUACGCCAGGGAGUAAACAAGUCAUUACACCAGCGAGAAAACAACUUAUUACACCAGCGAGAAAAACUCAUUAUUACACCAGAGAGGAACUCAUUAUUACACCAGGGAGUAAACAACUCAUAUUAUACACCAUUAAAAAAACCCAACUAAUAUUACAUCAGUGAGAAAGCAACUCUUAUUACACCAGCAAGAAAAACUUGUUAUUACACCAAGAAAAAUAAUUUAUUACACCAGCGAGAGAAACUCGUUAUUACACUGGCAAGAAAACAACUGUUAUUACAACAGUGAGAUAAGAUUGUUAUUACACCAGCAAAACAACAACUCUUUAUGAAAGCUGCAAUCUCAAGGAUAUUUGUACAAUUUCUAUUUAAAAAGAAGACCAUCAAUAUUAACAUUGGUACCACUGCAAGUCAUUCUUCAUUAUCCUCCAGCUGGUCUUGCUAAUCCGAUUCGCACAAGAAUAUGUUAUUCUCCAUUUUUAACAUUAAGAGGUAUUACAAAUGUGGCGACAAUUUGUAUAUUGUAUGAAGGCAGCUGAUAACAACUGUUGUUACUGAUAACACAAUUUUUUAAAUAAAACUUUAGUUGUAUUUGUAUAUAUAUGUAAAUGAUUUUAAACGAUUUUAAAAUGGUGACUUGAGAUUUUAGCUUUUAAUAAUGGAGGGGGAAAAUCCAUAUGCAAAACAUCUUAAAAUGUUUUGAAUUGUUUUUAGUAAAGAGUUUUAAGACCUUGUAAUCAUUUUGAAUAGAUCUUUAGAGAAAAAGGUUGACAAAAAGUUAGCGAAAACAUUUUGAGCCAACUGAUGCAAGAGACAAAAGAAAAAAAAGAAGUAUUUUUGAAAAAUACACAGAAUAUAAUAAUCGUAAAGAAACAAGAUCAGUUGAAUGUUAAAAGAUGGGUGCACAUUUUUGUACCCUACUUUUUUCUCAUGAUGUGUGUCCGAUUUAACAGAACUAUGGUAUUUAAAAGCUUAGUAGGUUGUGAAAUACUCUCUUGUCAACAAAGUUUAGAGUUUGAAAAAACAGUGAGCAUUUGUUUAUAUCCUUGGCACCCCCAACCCCUAGAUUGACCAAUAGAAAUAUAUUAAAAUAUGGCAUGUUCACGACAAAAACCUUAUUCGUUUUUGUGUCCGAUUUCUUAUUGAUUACAUUAGGUCUUUAGCUUGGGAUUAAUAUCUACACCAAGAAAUUACAAUAUUUAUAGUGUUUCAUUUUGUAAAGGAAAAUGUUAUAUGCAUAUUGGAAUCGGUCAUUUAUAUUGCAUAAAAUUGUUCAGAUUACAUAUUAAAAUACGUGGAACCGAUAUUUUUUAAUUGUAAUUUUGGGGCAGGUGGAUGAUAAUUAUAAAAUAGUUUUCAGUUCGAAAGCACUAUAUUGAUGGAUAAAUUUAUUAGUUUUUAAAAAAAUAAUUUUAAUAUUCACUUUAUGAAAACAUAAACUGAUUUUACACUUUGGUGAUUAAUACCCAUUAUCAUUGAUUAAGCAGGAUUGAAAAAAAUUAUCAGUGAUGUUAAUUUUAUAGCAAAAUAUAUAAUGAACUUCAAUCUGUCUUAGUUUGACACAAUAAAAGCUUAUUAUGUGUACUAGGAGUGUCGAGCGUUCUCGUUACACGAGCUUGGUAAAUCGUUUUGACACUGCGGUUAGUUGGGGAAUGCUGUCACAUUUCCCCCCCAAUUUAUGAAUACUUCAGCUAUAUAUUUUAAUACUACAUAUUCUAUAGUAUUCAGAUUUAUGUUUUAUAGGCAUUACAACACGUUUUUCUUAUCUAUAAUAUAUAAAAAAAUUUAAACUGCAGGUUUUGGAAAAAAUAAGGCUGUAAAUUAUGUAGAAUACAUGUUGUUUUUUGUAAAUAUAUCUACGCAGUUAGUUUUCUGUGAUAACUGCUGAAGUUUGCUAACCGUAGAUGAUUAUUCAAUCUGAAGAUUUGUGCCCACCAUCUUUAAGUUGAUGUUGAGAAUGUGACAAUUUUAAUUUUGUCAAAUUACACCUAUGGUGCUGUUAAAAUUGUUUAAAAAAAUUGUCUUGUCACUUUUUUUUUCCUCUUCUUACAAAACUGUCUUCAUCAUUAAUUCUGUCAUAAUUAUAUGUAUUGUAUGUCUUGAUUUAUUUACGUUGUAUGUUGUAACAGGUAUAUCAUAAUUAUAUACAUUGUAUAUGUCUUUGCUUCAUCCACAUGGUAUAUAAUAGGCAUAUCGUAAUAUAUACAGUGUAUGUCUUUUGAUUUAUCCACGUGGUAUAUAAUAGGCAUAUCAUAAUAUAUACAGUGUAUGUCUUUUGAUUUAUUUUACAUGGCAUGAAAUAGACAUUUCAUAAUUCACUACAUUGUGUACAUUUUCUGAUUGAUCUAGUGUGAAAUAGACGUAGUCUACAGAUCUGCCUAAUCAUAUAACUUUUUUUAAACUAGUAAACCAAUUUGCAGAAUUAAAAUAUAUGCCAAUUUAUUUUUUUAAAUUUUAAAUAUUGAUUUUUUUUUUUAAAUUGGUAAACUUGUACAAAAUAAAAGUGAAAGCACAAAUAUUUGUUGCUAAGUAUAAAAUAGUCUUCUUAAGAAAACACAUGUAUUUUAUUCUUACUGCAAAACUUUACUGUUGAUCAUUAAAUUGAUGUUAAAGGGACAGACGCUAGUUUCAACUCACGAAAAUUAACACUUAAGUUUGGUUAAUCUACAAACCUGUAACACAUUUGGAUAAAGUUACAACAGAGUGAAACAAGAGUAUGUGACUUUGAAAUGGUGAAAUAUCGUUUACAAAUAGACUAAAACUCGACCCCAUAAC